AUGGAUCGCCCCAGCUUCGUUAUCCGUCCGGAAGAAGCAGAAUCCGCCGCGGAAAAACUCGGCGUCUCCGUGCUUCAGCUCCUUCCUUUGCUGGUCGAUCCGGCGAAACCCCUCGCUCGGCCUCCAAUCUCCAAAUUCCACGUCGUAGCAGUCGGACUCGGAUCAUCGGGUCGGAUCUUCGUAGGCGUCAAUGUCGAAUUCCCAGGUCUCCCUCUCCACCACUCCAUCCACGCCGAGCAGUUCCUCGUCACCAACCUCACUCUCAACUCCGAGAGACACCUCCGUUACGUUUCCGUCUCCGCCGCUCCUUGUGGCCAUUGCCGCCAAUUCCUUCAGGAAAUCCGCGACGCCCCUGAAAUCAGGAUCCUAAUCACAGAUCCAAACGCCUUCCGCGACGCCGCCGAUGAGGAAAACGAAGGAGACGGAGACGGAAACGGAUUCGUACGCCUGGAGAGCAUCUUGCCGCACAGAUUCGGACCAGACAAUCUCCUCGAGAAAGACAUCCCUCUCCUUCUCGAGCCGCACGAUAACCGUCUCACUCUCUCAGAUCCCGAUAUCCCAAACGGCGGUCACACAGAUUCCGAUACUUAUCCCAACCUGAAGCUCACAGCUCUAUCGGCGGCGAACAGGUCGUAUUCGCCGUAUAGUCGGUGUCCGUCGGGAGUGGCGCUGGUGGAUUGCGAAGGGAAAGUGUACAGAGGAUGGUACAUGGAAUCAGCUGCGUAUAAUCCUAGUAUGGGACCAGUGCAAGCUGCGCUGGUUGAUUUCGUGGCUAAUGGCGGCGGCGGAGGGUUCGAGAGGAUCGUCGGAGCUGUGCUGGUGGAGAAGGAAGAUGCGGUGGUGCGUCAGGAGCACACGGCGAGGAUGCUUUUACAGGUUAUAUCCCCGAGAUGCGAUUUGAAGGUCUGCCAUUGCUAUUGA